AGCUGAAGGCGGCCUUCCUUUUGCUAGACAAGAACCAGGACGGCCGCGUGAACGCAGCCGAGAUCAAACACAUGCUGGACAACCUCGGCAUCCUGCUCAACGACUCCAUGAUACAGAAGCUCGUUGUACAGGCGUCGGGCAGGGAUGACGGCCUUAUUAGUGAAGAUGAGUUCCUUGCCUGGAUGGCCGCGCAAACGAGCAUCAAGGAUGACGUCAUGGAGGACCUGCUGGCUGCCUUCAGGGUGUUCGACAAGGACGCCAACGGCUACAUCACAAAGGACGAGCUGAAGCUGGCCAUGGAAAUGAUCGGCGAGCCCAUGUCCGAGGCGCAGCUGGACAGCAUGAUUCGAGCCACGGACAUCGACAACGACGGAAGGAUAAACUACGAAGAGUUCGUCACCAUUCUGCUAUAGCGGUGUCACGUGUUACCGUCGCUUACUCGACGCCUGCCAUAAAAGCCUUAACUUAUUCGAAGAUGCCUUCAAUCAUCAAGAUAUACUCAUCGCAAAACGGCGCGGACCCGACCGCAGCGGCCCUCGGCAAGGCAUUCGAAUGGAACCUCGUCUGCCGUUCGGCUGCUCAGGCGGCUGUUCGCUCCGUCCAUGACACAUGUACAUAGAAAGUCUUAUCUGCUCAAAGAGUGUGUUGCGUAAAAUCAGUACCCGGAUGCAAAUAAACCUUGCUCCACAAGUCCGACAGGAGAAAAUGACG